AUGGACCCUCUAUCAAUUAUAGCCAGUAUCGCUGGCAUAGCAUCAGCCGGCGCUCAAAUCUCAAACACUCUUUUCAAGCUUUACAAGACAGUAAAGAAUGCGCCCAAGGAGAUCCAAUCGGUUGCCAUUGAGAUGUCUGGCUUGACUUCGACUCUUGAGCACUUACACGACAUCAUCAGAUCCGGGCAAGCAUAUGCAAAACCGCAGUUUUGCGAAGCCGUUCGGCAUGUUGUCAAGAACAUCCAGAUGACGCAGCAAGAGAUUGACAAGAUGGUGGCUGAUGAGAGUAUGUUACGAAGGGUCAAAUGGCUCAAGGCUGCAAGGCUGUUGUCGGAUAUCGAAAAGCAUAAGGUCACAUUGACUUUGCAAAUUGCCAUUCUUUCAGCGGCUGUUCUGGUCAAGUCCCCCAAUGGCCGUCCAUCAAUACAAGGGAGAGUGGGAAACAGAUUCAAAGCUCAAGCCGAGAGUCUUGUCCUGGCUGGUCAAGCUUCGUUCCAGAAUGAUGAAUCGGAGCCAAUUCCAGAUCCUCCUCAAGAAAGAGCACCGAGCCCACCAGUUCGCACAAGCAAAAGACUACCAAGUCCCGUGCGUGAAUCUGAGAUUCCCGGACACGUAAGAACGGAGGAACUCUACGGUCAAAACAAGAAUUCAGAAGACAACGCAUUUCUUUCUCCAAGCGAUAAGGAAGAGGUCCGCUCAGCACUUGCGCUAAGUGUAAAGGAUCCAAUACGUCCAGAAAGACGUUAUACCGUUCCUGCGAUUGAAGAUGAAGAUGAAGAAAACACCUCUUCCGAAGGCGAAGAAAGGGUGUCCCGAAGUCGCAGAAGGUCGGGGUUUGAUCCACCGGACGGUGGCAGCAUCGCGCAAUUUGGACCUGAUUUCCACCGACGCGGCGAUGCAGCUACGUUUCUAUACAACCUCGUAUUUCUCAACGAGAUACCAGUGAAAGGAGUACCAAACCCUGGCUCACAUCUGAGAGAUACUGGAAGCGAUGAGAAGACAGAAGUGGGGUACCGAUAUCAACAGUCCAAUGAUGUGUAUGACGAUGACCCCUUUGACUAUGAAAACAAUGGGGGUCCUCUAGAGAGAGCGAGAUUUAAAAACCCCAAGCCUCAAGAACCAGCAAGGAUUGUCAAUCGACUUCUUCUGGCUUGGACAUCAUUGAGCGAAAGCGAGGUUGAGAAGGGGAAACCAGAUAACCAGCCCGAUAAGAGCAAGGCAUUUGGAGCGAGUGACAGCUCCGACAGCGAAGAGUCCCUCUACAGGCCUGGGAGCCCAGAGACAAACCGGAGAAGAGAAGCAAGAGCAGCUCGCAAUGAGUUCCCGAGAGAAGAAACCAAGUACAAUGGUAAGCCGGAGUUUGAUCCUCGUGGCCGCAAGAUACUCAGACCAACACAAGCCUGGGAUGCUCCCUUUGGAUAUACGAAUGCGCCCCCUCAAAAUAAUGGCCAUUCACCAAUAUCAGCGGAACCAACUAUGCCAUACCCAACAGGUGCCUACUUCCAGCCAUACGGUCAGGCUCGAAAUCCUUUUGCACCGUCUCACGGAUCUUCAGACCAGUCGAACUGGAUGCCUGAAGCGUCAAACUUCUCUCACGGAUAUCCUUUCCCACCGCCACCACCACCACCAUCAGGAGAGACAUAUUGGCCUCCACCUGCCCAGUCACACAACCCGACCAUGGAGACAAAACCAGUGAGAUCAAAGUUCCAGAAACCUGCUUUUGUUGUUCUGCCACAAACAGACUCUGCAGAUUAUGAGGCUCGGCCUAUAACUCCCAAGCUUCACCUUACGUCUAUUAGCUUAGGUAUCAUGAGGCAGGGAGAUAAGCCAAUCUGGGACUGCGAUGCUUUCAUGUCUGAAAAGGGUUAUCCUGGGAAAGCGAUUAUGGGUGCACUUGUUGGCGACAAAUCCGCUAGAAAUCCUCACGGAUUAGAUCUAGCACAUACGCUGAUGAAGGGAAGAAGUAUGAAGCUUGUGUAUAUCCGAGGAAAUGCAAAAGAGACCGAUGAGAGAGCCAUGAAGGAGGAGUACGUUGCUAUCGGAGAGGAAUGGGCUAGCUUCGAAGCUUUACAACAACUCGGGAUGGUUUUGUCCCUUUAUGAACUUUGGGUCCUCAUUGCUAACUUGAGGAAGUCAAUGAUUAAAGAGCUUGCCACUACGACUCUUCAGCUGAGGAGCAUGCGGCAAAGACGCACCUUCACGUCAACAUUUUAUAACUCCGCAUCUGCAUUUCGACAGCAACAUGGAUUGGAAGCGCCCUCAGCUUCUGGGACCACCGACUCUGAGACUAGAGCCCCUCCUGUCCCAGAUAGACGUGCCAGAGUCGAGGAUGAAAGCGAAGUCGAUAUCAUCGACUUGCAAAUAGGUGGAGAGCCCAAGAAGGCACCAGAAACAAACACAGAAGCCCAAAGCGAGACAACGCCAGUGGCACUUAAACCACAAAUUUCCGUCACCCCACCAUCAACACCACAGCAGACCUCGCCUGACUAUUUGGACACAAGCGAGGUAGCAUCAUAUGUUUCUUCAGGGUCGCGCUUGUCCAGGUUUGUGAAGCGUUAUAAAACAGGGGGGAAAAGGAACCUGUCUAAACCCUUACAUCGACAGAGCUCGAAGACCAAUGGACACGGAAGUGAGAGUACCGAGUGGCAGGAUGAUGAUAAAAGGCCCCUAACACCGACGGACUCGGGUGUUGGCAGUUCUAUAGUCUCAGGGCAAUAA